AUUUUGGAUACUGUCACGCCCCAAGUGGCCGAUCGAGCGUGUUGUUCACUACGUUCGCAGCGUUCGCAGCGAUUUAACGAAACAAGAAAUGGUAUCGAUUUUCUUUCGUGUUAGUGUAAAAGCUAUCUUUAUUUUUAAUUGACAGAAGUUUUAUUUCUUUUAAGUAAGCUUUACGUUUUGUUUUGUACGGUCCGGAAACGGAAGCCGAGUUUAGUCGCAGCAAGAUCAAAAAGUCAUCGAGAUUUUUUUGCGACGAUGCUUUCAGGGCGUUAUCGGAGAUAGAGGGUAAAUGGUGUCUUAUCGGCAAAGUGUGCCGUUGCAGCGUCUCCACACCUUAGGAGCUGCGUCUGCCAAGCCUUGAAACGAUGUGACAGAACCGAAUGGCUGACCCCCCGCCACGCAGAAAUGUCGGCAGCCGGCCGCACAGGCAGCACCUCUCGCCUAUGCAAGUGCUCUUGCAAAUGGGCUUUCCAAAGCACAGGGCGGAGAAAGCUUUAGCUGCAACGGGAGACAGAGGUGUGCAACUCGCCGCAGAUUGGUUGCUAGCGCACGUCAAUGACCCCACAUUGGACGACAGCACUCCCAGGGAAUACAUCCUUUACCUCUGUCCCGUCGGACCUCUUCUAGAACAGCUACAGAAAUUCUUCCUCCAGUCGAUGCUCCAGUGCGGGCGGAACGGGGCCCACAAUUACCUCCCUCACAUCACCCUCUGCUCCUUCUUUCAGGCCCCGGACGACGGAAUUGCUCACUUGACGCGAGCGUUACAGCAUGUGGUGGACAAACUGAAAGGAGAACUUCCAGACCACAUUAAAUUGGAGCACUACACGUCCCAGACCUUCCUGGGGCUCUUCGUCGCAGAAGAACACAAUGACGUCCUCAAGAAACUGGCAGUCCAGUUUAUGAGGGAAGUUUCCGAGUUCAUUGUGUCAGAAAUCGGUGCUUUGGAUGUUUUGGGGACAUGCUUUCCGUGGUGUUCAGCCACAUACCCUUCUCUUAGCAAGACUGCUUCACGAAGCAGGCGCAUUCAGGUGGAGCCAUACCUGAAAGCUCUGCACAUUACCCUUGCCUACCAGUUCCAGUUGGAACACUACUCCGUUUUAGAACAGCUGAGCCAAAGCAUCGACACCAGUGCAUCAGCCUGCUGGGAACUCAGGCUCUACUCACGCGACACCAGGAUCAAAGGCAGCGAGGUGCACAAAGUGCUGUACUCGCACGUGCCAAAGGAGCCCGACGAGCUGGAGCUGCUCAUCGGUGACUUUGUGUACGUGAGUGGGGAGCACCUGGGGGCUGCCACGGAUGGCUGGGUGGAAGGCACCUCCUGGCUCACGGGCAGCACGGGCUUCUUGCCAAAGAACUAUAUCGAAAGGACCGCUGAGUCCGACGCCUGGACCCUGCACAGAUCCAUAACGAUAGCCAAGAAUGUGUUUCUGGAUGGCCUGGACAAUGUGGUUAUCCAGAGGAGGGUCCUGGGGGCCUCCCAGGCGCCGCCAAGCCCCCAGCUGUCCCCCAAGCCUCAGCCGGCCGAGAGGGAGGACAGGGGCGCCGCUGCUGCCAAGGAGAACAUCUACGAGAACCUGGGCUUCCUCGCACAGAAGAACAAGCAAGAGGAAUCUAAAGCCAGCGCAUCUCCGAGAAAGUUGUAUGUGGUUCGGCACGCAGAACGAAUUGAUUUCACCUUUGGAGCCUGGCUUCCUAUCUGCUUUGAUGCUGCAGGGAAAUAUACAAGACGAGAUUUGAACAUGCCCAUGACCGUUCCUGAGAGGAAAGGAGGGUAUCAAGACUAUGCCAAGGAUUCACCUUUGACUAAUAUUGGCCUGUAUCAGGCAACUCUAACAGGAAAUGCUAUGUAUGAAAGCGGUGUCACGUUUAGUCAUGUGUACUCUUCCCCUUCACUACGCUGCAUACAAACUUGCACCAAUAUUCUCACAGCCCUGCACUUCGAGGACGUGCCCAUCAACGUGGAGCCCGGCCUGUUCGAAUGGCUGGCUUGGUACCCUGAAGGCACCCCCAUCUGGAUGACCCCCGCCGAGUUCAAGAGCAUCGGCUACCACGUCAACACGGAGUACAAGCCCCUGAUUGAGGCGGAGGACCUCGGGCACAAGAAGGAGUCGAUCGAGCAGUACUACGUGCGCAGCUUCUACGUGGCCCAGAACCUCCUCAAGAAGACAGCCUCGGAAGGGGGCAACGUGCUGCUGGUGGGGCAUGCCGCCACCCUGGACACGUGCACACGCCAGCUGACGGGGCGCACACCCCGGUCGGCCGCAGAUCUGGUGCAGCUGGUGCACAAGAUCCCAUACUGCGGGCUGUGCGUGGCCCAGGAGUCCGAGGGCGGCUGGUCCCUGGUGGCACCCCCCACACUGCCGCUGACCCACAGCGCCAACACCCGCUUCGACUGGCGCUCAAUGCUCUCGGCGUAGGCGCUGUCGCGCGCAGUCCUGCCGGCUCCGGGGGUCACCAUUCUGACGGCUCCCAGCGCCUGUGGCCUACCUGCCAGAGAGGGAGAGCAGGAGUGAGCCAAUCUAACUGGCCGUUUCUCCGAGCCUCCGCUAAAGGCACGAUGAUUACAAUAGUGGCGCCUUUAGAGCCUCAAAGCGUCGCGCAAAAAAUUUAAUUGUGCCGUUUUCCGCGGCGAUCUCAUUGCCGUGCAUUUCGGAACUGCCGCGAGUCCUUGAGAUGCUUUGAAUGAUUUUGGGCAAUCCUAAAAAAUUCAAGUGGGAUUAGGGUGACUCCUAGGGCAAGGGCAGUGAUGAUGUUGAGCAAAUGCAGUGAGCCUCGUGAGGUUAAUUUAUCAAUUGCGUGCAGUCGCAGGAUCCAAACAAGAACCAACCUUGUUGGGGAUCUCCUACUCAUGCGCGUCUGAUUGGUAUGACUCGUGUUAGAGGCAUGCAGUUAUGCCACGAGUCAAGCUGUUCUAUCCUUAGAACGUUUAAAUAUUCAUGUUACGGAAAUCUGUUGUAAGCUGUGGUCACAUACUUCUGAGGUUACGUUUCAUGUGCACACUCCUCGUCUUGCCGCAAUGCUUGGGCCGCCAUUUGGCAUUUUCGUAUGUAAAAAAGGGCGAAUUUUAGGCCCCUGGAACACUGCGUAUUGGCUUCUGCAGGAGAAUACUGAUGACAUUGUGUACCCUGAAGGAAGGUGAACCACCAUGGAGCAGUUUCUUUUUUUUUUUAUGCCCAUUUUUCAGGCUGUUCCAUUAUAUAUAAUGCAGAGCAUUUGCAGGUGCACUAUCUGUUUGCUUGCCAUGCUCUGACUGAAAAAAGAUUAACCAGACUUUACUUAACAGAAAUAAUAUUUCACCCCCUAUACAGGAUUCAAUUUCACUUGGAGCAAUGUGCAUGCUAAUGCAUCCUGUUUACAUUCAAAGCUUGCUUGUCUGUCCAGUCGGAGGGGGAGGCCCAUGGAUCUCAUAAGCUGUCUAUGGAUUACCUCAAAUAACCUAAAACUCUCGAAGCUUCCCCGCUCCUCCUCUUCCCUGUUGUCGUUGCAUCUUAGAAGAUGAAAACAUGCUCUUUUAUCUAGACAAGAUCCACUGUUUCCUUUUUUAGUUGUUGUUGGUGCUCUUGUCAUUUGCUGUGCUCACGCUCUAAUAGGCUCAUUCUUCACUUGUGGAUUGCCUCUCGGAUCUAGCAUGCUUUUUAUUUGUCGUAGUUUAUCUGAUAGGUUGCUCUGAUUUCGGUGUCGGAGGUAGUGGUAUCCUUAACUCUUUCCGUACCACGCCCACAGUCCAUCGAUCACCUGUUAUCGAGAGUUUCCACACGCCACCGAAAUUUGCAUUUAGUGCGCAGGAACAGAUUGCGCCAUCUCGUGAAUAGCCGAAGAACUACAGCUUCAGUUUCGAUUUCGUUUCGCGCUCUCUCCAAGCUGGUGUGCUAUCAGAAAUAAACCUUUGCACUGCAGUGGCACUUGUCAGGAGCGGCAUCCUGCUGACAUUGAGGACCGCUACAAAGACAGCCCCAAUUUUCAAUAUAUAACUGCUUUUUCUGAUUGUUUCUUUGGAUGACAGCAACAGUGAGGACUGUGAAUGAUGUCGGAUUGUUCGAUUUGAGCUCCUACAGGGAUGUUUUAUAUCCGAAACACAGAAGAUCGACAGGUGCUCGUUUGAUAGAGUCAGUCUAGCUUUCUAAGCUGUCCUGAGCCGGGGCACACCGUUUUAUGUGUGUCGCAUACCAUGAAAACAGCAGCAGAGGAGAAGCUAGAGCAGUGCUACAACAAACUAAGGUUGUGUGAGCAAAAAAAUGUUCUUGAGGACAUGCACCUCCAAAUGCAACAGCAUCUCUCAGUGGCAUGAUGCCAUGAAUGCACACUUGGCAUUGGACCAAAAAAAGCAGUAUCAGAUAGUUUUCUAACUUACAGGCCACUAACUUAUAGUGGUGUCUAUGAAGCACAAUUUCUGUAUGUAGGGAUUUUUUUUUUUUCUUUCUUCAAUUAUAUUUUGAUAUUAUAUAACUGCAAAUGUUUAAACUUUUUCUUCUCAUUUUUGCACAAACUCCAAGUUCAGCAUUUAAGUUGGACUAACUUUUUUUCCGACAUUAAUGAAAAUAGUUAAAUUCUAAAGAGCAGCUUAUUGGCUUCAUUUGGAUGUAUCAUAAUUUGCCAUAUGUGACUAGUUUUCUAAAUAAAAAAAUGUUUAGUCCAUCCCUCUAUAAUCCCUGCUUUUCCCUGUGGUGUGGAAAAAGUUAAGUUCAAAAACAAGUGUUGCAUAUUGUCCAGUGUGGUUUAUUCUCUGUAAAUUCUGAAUGGCUUCAACAUGUAGCAUGCCCCCCCUCUGACACACGACAAACCCCUUUUUCUGGGAUAUCUCAAAAAAGGGGCGCGCGUCGCGGUGUUUAAAAAUCCUUUUUUAGGCCGAAAAAGGCCAUGCGUGUUUGUAAUUUUGGAUUUUAUAGGAUGCUGAGGGUGCGUAGAUUGAGUUUGUGCCAUAAAAGACCAUAUCAAAAUUCACAUUAGUGCCCCUUUAACUAAAUCUUUUAGGUAAGUGAAAUCAGGUUUAAUUGGUUUCAUCAUGUUGUUGCCCAGUUUCUGGAGCAUUUUUGCAGUGUUCAAGCUGCUCAAAUUCAAAUUAAUCACACUUUUACUAUGCUCUACUCUGUUUUUUAUUCUGAGAGAAAAUAAUUCUUUUAUCUGUCGAGUGACUGAUGUUAAUCUUGGCAAGUAUAAGACAAAAUUGUGUCCCAAGCCCAUUCAGUUCCAACCACUGAGUCUAUUUUAGUCAACUAUUUCAGUCUAUACUUCGUUGCACAGUAAGUGGGAGCAAGAGCCACGGAAUGUUCUGCCUCAAAUGACAUUUUCACUAUGUGAGCACAAGGGCAUGAAAAGCAUGUUCAAAGUCUGGUGCUUGUUCAAGCAUCAUCUGGUUUGCUCACACUUAGGGUGGAACAGAAUCCAGAUUGUUAGCUUUCGCCAAAUGUUGCAUUACUUCAGAGCUUGUUUAUUGAGGAACAGACCAGGAUGCACCCAGGAAAUGUUAGUUAAGGCUAAUUCACACUGUUGCAACCGAGUCUGACAAAACCAGUUUUUAAGCCUCUUGUGACGGCUUACGACCGUGCCACGCAGCAGCGUCGUCUUUCGUAAGCGGCUGAAAACCCCGUCUUCUUGGACUCAGUGGUAGUCGGUUGCAACAGCAUGAACCAGCCUUUAUUCGGUUCAUUGGCAUACUUUGCAAUGGUAGCUACUCAUGAGCUGUAAUACCCAGGUGGAUGCACAUUCUCUUUCUAUUGGUAACUGGGCUUGCAAGCAUGUAUCUGAUCAUGAGUAUUGUGCAUGGAGGACCACUCCGACAGGGGAUUGUAUCCUGACAUAUCUGUUGUGAGAGGAUACACUAGUGUGAAUUCAUCAUGUAAAUUCGAAAGUUUUUGACCAUUGCAGUUUUCUUGGCACUUUGGAAACAAUUGACUGUGAAGGUUGACUGUAAAAGGAAAUGCUGGUGAAGGAAGGUUAUUUGUACGAAGCUUGUUCUGUAUGGUGUGUGCUCAAGUUUGUCUAUUUAUAGCUUUUUUUUCAGCCAUACGUGUUACUUUGGAAUGUAGCAGCACAGUCACUGAUAGUGAUAUGAAUACUGUUUCUUUAGGAUGGGCUAAAAUCCUAUGAUAGGAAUAUGCUUUUACAGUUUAUUGAGGUUUGUGUACAGGUUCGGAAAUAUGAUGCCCUUUAUUUUAGACUUCAGCUUUGUUCUUAAACUAAAACGAGGGCAAAAUGCAUCCAUUGCUGCGGUUAUUUCUUGUUUACUUUAGAUUCCACUUUUUUCACAAAUUGAAUAAUUAAAAAUUCCUGUUGUAUC